AAAGUAGCUUAAUGCGCCAUUAUGAACAAAGGCCAAAUCCCCAGUUUCACUCUCCUUCCUCGUUUUCUCGCCCUCGGCGAAGAUUACCGAGGAGAGAGAUUUCAACCCUAAUAAUUUUCCCACGGGGUUUGUCCGAUUCCAUCUGACACAGCUGAUGCUUUCUUAGCUCGACUUCUGGCUUGCAUCCAAUUUCCUUUUCCUUUAUGCCCUUCGAUUAGACGAGGAGCAACGAAUUUAUUUCCCGGAAUGCUUGAUUUAAUCAGAUUUCUGAGUUGGGAAACUGGAAGUGUCCUGUUGGAACGAGAUUUUUGGACAGGGUAAAUUGUGGAUAUGGGAUCUGUUUGUUCUUGCUUUCUUCACCAGGAUAUGGAGGAACAUCCACAUUCUAAUGCUUUGGCUUUCAGAAAUUGCAUCUGCCUUAGAUAUUUGGGUCAACAAUUCAUUAAUGUGUACAUUGCUUUAUUUCAAAGAGGAGUGCAUGCCGCUACUUCAUCUGUGCAGGAGAGAAUUACUUUUGUAUCUCAAGCACCUAGUGUUGAUGACUCUAUUCCUGAUACAUACCAGUCUCCUCCCAGGCCAAUACCUUAUGAUGAUCCGAGAUUUUCUCGGCCUCAUCAUGGAGUUAUGUCCAACAAUAAGUUCCUUAGCCAUUACCAUGAGGAGUCUGAAUCAUGUAGAAGUAGCAAUGUUUGUGAGACAGAAUCGUCGAGAAUGGAAAGCAAAUCUAAGUCAGACUUUGACUCACGAUCCAAAUUCUGUAUACCUGAGUCUUCAUUAAAGAACACUGCAGAAGCCAGAAAAGAAGUAACUUACCUCUUUCCUUCUUCUGAAGAGGAGGAUGUCUGUCCAACAUGCCUUGAAGAAUAUACUUCCGAAGACCCAAAGAUAAUAAUGCAAUGUUCACAUCAUUUUCAUCUUGGUUGUAUAUAUGAGUGGAUGGAGAGAAGCGAAGCAUGUCCUGUUUGUGGCAAGAUGAUGGUUUUCAAAGAAGCAACAUGACGUUUCCAUUUUUUCUUGGUACUAUAUGUAUCUUGGGUGAGUGUGUCUACUUCAUAUCUUGAAGUUUGUAUAUAUUAUAUCCAUGCCAUUCUGUUGGCAUACUUUCGCUUUCUGAAGGAACACAUCAAAUCUGACUUGUCCACGAGGCUUUUUAUGGAUAGAUUCUUGUGUUACAGAAGUAUACGGGAUCAGACAAGCGUUGCCUCAAAUUGUACAGAAAAAAAUGUUGAUAUCAUGUAAAAUGGUUGAUGGUGGAAUGCAAUUCUAUGAUAAUAUUCACAUUAUGCU